AUGGUCCAGGACACCCCUAUUUCUCAGCAGCCAGUGAGUGGGAUAGUCCAGGCCACCCCUAUUUCUCAGCAGCCAGUGGGGCGGUCCAGGCCACCCCUAUUUCUCAGCAGACAGCAGCAACGCCGCCUCCAUCAGCCAGUCCGGGCGGAGCCGGCGGAGAGCGAGGACCCCGACACGGAGAUGGCGUCUAACGAAAAUUUCGGGCAAGCUUCCACUCAAAACUACGGGAGCUACAGCGCCCAGCCGGGCCAGGGGGGCUACACACAGCCCCCCCCGCAGGGGUACAACCAAGGUUACAGUGGGUACAGCCAGUCCACCGACACCGCUGCCUACACCCAGAGCGGUGGCAGCGGCUACGGCUCGUCUUACAGCCAGGCGCAGACUGGCUACGGGAACCAACCCGCCUCUCAGGGCUACAGUCAUUCCAGCCAGGGGGGUUACAGCUCAUCCGGAUACGGCAACACCCAGACUCCUCAAAGCUCCUACGGCCAGCAAUCCUCCUACCCCAGCUACGGGCAACAGACUCCAUCCGCAACUUCCUCCAGCAGCAGCUACGGGGGAACGAACUCGCAGGCGGGCGGCUACGGGCACCAGCAGGGCGGCGGCAGUGGUGGAGGUGGAGGCAGUGGCGGUUACGGCCAACAGGGCUCCUACGGACAACAGUCGGGGCCCUACAGCGGGCAGCAGCAAGGGUCCUACAGCGGGCAACAACAAGGCUCCUACAGUGGACAACAACAAGGCUCCUACAGCGGCCAACAACAAGGCUCCUACAGCCAGCAGCAAGGGUACCAGGGCCAGCAGAGUGGAGGCUACGGGCAGCAAGGCCAAUACAGUGGCAGCGGUGGUGGUGGUGGAUCAGGUGGAGGCGGUUACAACCAGGACUCCAGCCCAGGCGGUGGCUACGGUAGCCAGGAGUCUGGCGGUGGCGGAGGCUACGGCGGGCAGUCGGACAGCCGGGGCCGUGGCCGUGGCGGUUACAGCCGAGGAGGAGGAGGAGGGGGCGGUGGUGGCGCUGGAGGACCAGGAGGCGGCUUUGAGCGUGGAGGUGGAGGAGGAGGCGAGAGGGGCCGAGGCGGUCGCGGCGGCAGUGGCGGUGGCGGCAGUGGCGGCAGCAGCAGCAGCAGAGGCGGCGGGGUCAUGAGCUGUACAGAACGAGGUGGAUUCAAUAAGUUCGGUGGACCCAGAGAGCAGGGACCGGGAUCGUCCAACUCUGGAUCCGACCAGGACAACUCUGACAACAACACCAUCUUCGUGCAGGGACUGGGUGAGAGCGUGACUGUCGAAGCUGUCGCCGAAUUUUUCAAGCAGAUCGGCGUGAUCAAGAUGAACAAAAGGACUGGACAGCCCAUGAUCAACCUGUACACGGAUCGCGAGACAGGCAAGCUGAAAGGAGAAGCAACCGUCUCCUUUGACGACCCCCCAUCUGCCAAGGCCGCCAUUGACUGGUUCGACGUCCAAUCGGCCGAAGGGCAGAAACAGGACCUUCCCCACCGAGUCUGCGCCGACCAGCGAUCGCCCUGUACACUAGGAAAGGAGUUUGCCGGCAACAGUAUCAAGGUGACCUUUGCCACACGCAGGACUGAGUUCAGCCGAGGUGGAAUUAGAGGAGGGAGUCGUGGAGGUCCGAUCGGCCGUGGAGGAUUUACCGGCGGUCCGCGCGGGAGCUUCAGUGGAGGUGGAGGCGGAGGAGGAGGAGGAGGAGGAGGAGGUGGUGGAGGAGCAGGGGGCGGGGGUGGAGGUGGCCAACAGAGAGCUGGAGACUGGAAGUGCACCAAUCCGUGAGUACUCUCACUCAUA